UCACUAGUGGCACAACAGCUGUAAUCAAAAUGGCGGUGGUCUAAGUUGCGCAGUAAAAUAUAAAAUUGAACAUAUUCUACGGUUGACAAAUCGUUGUUAUACGAUUGCAAAUUGUAUUUUUGUUGACAAUAAAUUAAGAAUUAAAGUGGUGAAUUGAUGAGAAGAAAUUUUGCUCCGAGUUUAACAGUUUUCGAUGGAACUACUCCAGCAGGAGUAUGAGUAGUAGUAGACCCCGCACAACAUCAUUUGUUGAGUCUCAGAAGUCUGGGUCACAAAGUUUUGGAGGCAUGAAGAUCUCAAGCAAAGAUGGUAGCAAGGUGAUGACGGUAAUUGCUAGUCCGGGCCAGGGUCCUGAUAGAUCCACAGAGGUGUCCUACACCGAUACUAAGGUUAUUGGAAAUGGAAGUUUUGGAGUUGUGUAUCAAGCCAAGCUGUGUGAGAGUGGGGAGAUGGUCGCUAUUAAGAAAGUUCUUCAGGAUAAGAGGUUUAAAAAUCGUGAGCUUCAAAUCAUGCGACGUUUAGAUCACUGCAACAUUGUCAAACUUCUUUACUUCUUCUACACUAGCGGAGAGAAAAAGGACGAGAUUUACUUGAACCUUGUACUGGAGUUCAUCCCUGAGACCGUGUACAAGGUGGCGAGGCAGUACAGUAAACAAAAACAGACGAUCCCAGUGACGUUUAUCAAGCUGUACAUGUAUCAGCUGUUCCGCUCUUUGGCUUACAUUCAUUCAAACGGAAUCUGCCAUAGGGAUAUCAAACCCCAGAACUUACUUCUGGAUCCUGAGAGUGGGAUUCUUAAACUUUGCGAUUUUGGGAGUGCUAAGCACUUGGUUCGAGGAGAACCUAAUGUUUCCUACAUCUGCUCCAGAUAUUACCGGGCUCCUGAACUCAUUUUUGGAGCAACUGAUUAUACAACAAACAUUGAUGUUUGGUCAGCAGGAUGUGUGUUUGCUGAACUCAUGCUGGGUCAACCUAUCUUCCCUGGAGAUAGUGGAGUAGAUCAGCUAGUAGAGAUAAUAAAGGUCCUGGGUACCCCCACGAGGGAGCAGAUCAAAGAAAUGAAUCCAAACUACACGGAGUUCAAGUUCCCACAGAUCAAAGCACAUCCAUGGCCGAAGGUUUUCCGUGCCCGUACUAGUCCUGAAGCUAUAGACUUGGUCUCCAGACUACUGGAGUAUACUCCUUCUGCUAGGAUUACACCUCUACAGGCGUGUGCACACACCUUCUUUGAUGAGCUACGGGAGGUUGGAACUAAACUACCAAAUGGUAGAGAACUACCUCCUCUUUUUAACUUUACAGAACAGGAGUUAAAAACCCAACCAGCCCUGAACAGUCAACUCAUUCCUGUUCAUCUUCAAUCUACCCUAGCUGAUGCACCAGCAGAGGAAGCAGUAGUCGACACACAGGAUAGACAGGAUGCUGCUAUGGCACCUCAAGCUUCAAGCUCUUGAAUCCAUUCUCCCAGCUGUUAAACUUCAAGGAUUUAGCUGUCUAGUACAGAUGUGACUAGGCCAGCUGUUACCAGCUGUUCUAUCUAUCUAGUUAGCUGUUACCAGCUGGAUUUAUCUGUCUGGUUAACUGAAACGAGAACAGUUCUAAAUGUAUUUAUCGGGUAGUGUAUUCACUAUUCACUACACCGGCAGGGAUAUAAACACAGAAUUAUAUAUAUAUAUAUAUAUGUAAAUAUAAACAACAACUACAACCCCUUCUCCUCCUGCAGUACACAUGUACACCCCUACACCUAACCUACAGAUUCUGUACAUAAAUGUUGCACUUAAUAUCUCGGAAGGAAUAAAAUUAUUUCAAGUUCCAAGUUUCGACUUCCUAUUCACAUCUGAAAUAAAUUGAAAUUUAGAAUUUGGAUUCCUGGCUUCCCCCCCCCCCCCUCUAUCUCUUACACUAUGUGUCAGUUUAUCCUAUCCUUAGUUUUGACAUUGUCCAACUAUUUGGUCUGUAUGGAAAAUUUUACUCGUAUAAAUGUUCUCAUGAAUUAACAUUCGUCUAAUCUUCGAGACGAUUUCUGUAAUUAUUUCGCUUUUUUUCUGCAAUCAAUAGAUUCUUCAUCUGAUUAGCGCCAUUUUUUUUUAAAUUAGGAAAAUGUUGUCAAAUCUUAUUAAAUUCAAAUACUUAAAUGCUCCCUCUGUAACUCUGUAAUUAACAGGGUUGAUUAUUAUCUCGUGUAAAUAUAGUUUUAUCCCAGUUUAACACUGCGAAACCAUUAACGAAUAGAGACCGCGGCAUUUUAUCCCGUUUAAACUAGAUUUCCCGGAUUUAGCGCCGAGCACUGCGGCUUUUACGUUGUACUAGACUGUAUAGUGUAUAUCUUCGCUGGAUUUUACGUACUUUGUUUUGUAAAUAUGUUAACCGUUGUCUUAUUGAAAUAUAUAUAGGUAAUAUAUAAA